AUGGCAGAUGAGAGGCUCCAUGACAAAGCGGUCAUUCUUAGAGAAGUUCCGAGCAGCAAGACGGUGAGCGGCGAUGGAUGGCGACUGGUUUGCUUCAUUUCCUCGCAGGUCUAUCCCAGUCUUGAAGUCUUGGAUAGAUUUCAUGCCACCAUUGGUCAACCUGGUUGCCCGCUUGCAAGAUGGAAAGACAAUGAGAUAAUCCUCGCUGAGUUUCUAUACACUGGAGCUUGCGUAAGAAGCUGCUUGAAAAGGGACACAAAAGGUGCACGUAACAGUGCACUCAUGGCGCGCAGCAUUUUGCACUGUCACUUGGCGCUUUAA